CGCACCUUCGGCUUUUUCGCCCGUGGGCGUCACGAGUCCUCGCGCUCUGACGCCCGAACUAAAAACGAACACCGGCAAGCGCCCGCGUCUUGAGCAGCAAGGCCGUCCACGACGCACAAGCAUGGAGCACGUCCGCGAGUUCGGCCACCCGCACGUCCUGCUCGAUGGCGAAGACCUCGUCGCGCUGCGCCUCGAGCAGCCGUGGCCGCCAGACUCGGAGCCGCCCGAGGGCUGCUUCCUGGACCCCGCGGACCGCGGCUUGCUCGUCACCGACGGGGGCUCCCUGGUGGCCUCGACGAGCGUUCUCCUCGGGACGAGCUUCUCGGCCGCCCUGUUCGCCGGAUGCACGGCCUUUCAGUUUUCGGACGACGCCUUCGGCGUCGCGGCGAGCCAGCUUCUCCGAGCAGCCGACAAGAUCUGCGUCGUGCACAACAGGGACCCGCUGCACGGACUCCUCCGCCUGUUCCCCGACGCCAGGGUGCUGGUCCUCAUCCACGACCUCGCGGAUGAGCCCGACGACGCGGACGUUGUCCGUCCUGGCUGGUUUGCGACCGAACCGCGGGCGGAGCCGUCGUCGUGCCAACAGCCGUCGUACCAGCUGCGGAUGCUCGUCCGCACCACCGGCGCCGAAGGGAUGGGAGGUUUCACCACGAUGAGCUGGGAGACCAUGACGUCAGUGCUGUACGCCUGUCCUCAGAUUCGACGCCUUGACUCCCCCCUCGUCCCGGUGGCAUUCGCAAUGUUGCCGGAUGAGAACCACUGCUCGACGGGGAAGCCCAACUCCCGGGACUUCCGUCACCUCACACUCGACGCCGACUUCUCGGCCGCCUUGGAAGACGCCUUCAUCAGUCAGGCGGCCGAGCAAUUUCCUUUGGUGGAGCAUUUGGAGGUAACCCUCUCUUCACUGGAAGAUUUCGUCGCCCUCCAAGCCUUCGGCAACCUGCGAAGCCUCUCUGUGGCGUUCGGCGCCACGGACAGGGCCGUCGACGUGGGCGAGCACCUGGAACCGCUCCUGCAGCACUGGCCGCGGCUGGAGGCGCUCUCCCUGGCCAUGUGCGCGGGCGUCCGGCUCUUGGCGAUCGCCGGCCCCUGUCCGAGACUCGGGGAACUGCGGCUCGUCGACUGCUCGGGGUUUCGUGGACGUAAGGCGGAGCUCGUCGGCGACGGCUUCUCCCACCUGCGACGCCUGGAGCUGACGCGCACCGAGAUCGCGGAAGGAGUCGUGGUCUUGCUGGUCGCAGUGCGCCAACAGGUGCGCAGCCUCCACCUGGGCGACGACCGCAUAUGCUCGACGUUCCUCUAUAUCAGCUGCACCGCUGCCGCCUCGGGAACGGUCUUGUUUCCGCUCCUGGAAGAGCUGACGCUGCGCACGCACUACACCGUGCGCGCGUUGGGCCUGGAGCCGGAACAGCUGCACCGAGCCGUGCGGGCGAUGCCGGCUCUGCGCCACCUCCAGACGGACAGCUACGACCUGAGACUGUUCUUCGAGAACUACAGCUCGCCGCCGGGAUGCGUGUCCCUGUCCUGGUGCGAAUGCGUCCACUGCGCGGUUCACUGUUCCAGGCUCUGUGCCAGCUCGGGAUUCGAGGAGGACGACGAGAAGACCACGACGCCGGUUGGCGGUGACGUCUUGCCGCUUUCUGGACGGGGCGACGAGCAGUCUGACGCAGCGGACACCGGCACUCACCCGGCUUACGAGUGCGACGACCCGAAGUCCAUGACCGAGGAGGACGAGCGCGGGCACUUGGUUUCUGGGUGCGGAGACACGUAUCCGACGAGACGGAACACCGGCAGGCACUCGGCUUCCGAUCGUGGGGACAAGUCCGUGUCAGAGGACGCUUUCAAGCACGCGACAUCGGGACGUGGCGGAGGCCAGAGCACAGAUGAGCAUACGACCACCGCAAGCGAUGGAGAGAUGCUUAAAACCGCGGAAAAUGACAAUGACUGCGGAGACGCGGCAGCUCCCGCCAACAAUCUUAAGCAAGUUCAGUGACUGGCUUUUGCCGUUUGUGUUUCUGUUGAGCCAGCUUAGUGGUUCAGCAGCAGGAUGAGAGGAUAUUCUCACGGUAUGACAAGGCCAUGACAUCAUGGUCAAUAACAGGCAAGAGGUUCUUGUCGUCCGUGCCUGACACAGAAAUGUCCACGACGUCCUUGGCUAACUUCACGCCCCUCAAAGUAUUUAUAGAAGUAACGACAACAGCAGCGUACGCUGCUAACCUGCAAGUGACUUCAUCGUCCAGGACAAAAUGAACGCGACAGCAGUCAUUGGUGUCGCGCAUGUUCAGUAACUGGUACAUCGAGUGCUGAAGGCUGUCGACGAUUCGUGAAAGAGCCAGCGUCGACACCAGCUGUAGCAAUCCCUGAGAAGCCGCGUACACGUGCUUUCCUGGUAUGCGCCUCAAGGAACCGCGCGUACAACGUCGUCAGCACCGUACAUUGUACGCCCAUAUCACGGUGUCCGGAGUUUUACUUUUGAAACUUUGCUUUCCUUGUAGAUAUCGCUCAUCUUGAGUAGUUUUUAUCGCUGUGCAAGUUCCCGAUGCAAAUUCUGUGAUGCGAUCGCCUAUACUCUUCACCUGCGUGCAAAAUUAAAUGUUGAAGCUGCGUUGCCUCA